ACCGGGCUGGCUGCUAUAAAAGAGCGCGUGCCGGGCUCUCUGGACAGGAGAACGCACGAGACCGCAGAAGGAGGAGAAGUUGUUGCAGAGGCUGAGCGCGCGCAGAGCUUUGAAGACAGUUGGCUGGAUCCCGCCACAGCGUUUUGACGCACGCACGCACGCACGCACGCACGCACUAUGGACUACUGUUGAGCUCUGAGAAGAAGCAGUGCGCGCACAGAACAGCUGCUGCUCCUGGCUCCAACCUUCGGCUACUCGUUUUGUUUUUUGUUUUGUUUUCCGAAGUCGGUUGUCAGCGGUUAUUUGAACAGAACAGUGAGUCUAACUUAUUCGAACUGCGUCGAAGAACAGCGUCGGCAUGAUGAAGUUCCUGCUGUUAGCAGUUUUAGUGGCUCUUCUCGCCGUCGCCCAAGUUUUUGGUGAGGAAAACGACAUAAAAGAAGAUGCUGACUACUGGACGAGCAGUAAUCAAAUUCAGGAUGGCUGGCUUGCCAACGACCCUUUCAGAGAAGCCCUGCUGAGGAUGACGAGAAAGCCGCGGCCGCGUCAGUUCAUCGGUCUGAUGGGGAAACGCUCCAUGGCAAAUCCACAGAUCACCCGCAAAAGGCAUAAAGUCAACUCUUUUGUUGGACUGAUGGGAAAAAGAAGCCAAGAGGAGCCAGAGUCCUAUGACUGGAGCACAAUACAGACGUACGACAAGCGCCGCUAAACAGUCAGCCCCCCCCCACACCCGCCUGCACCUCUUCUAGCCAUUCCUGAUCCAUGGGAGGGGCUCCCGACGCUGGUUUUGUUUUCUCCAAACUGUGUAUAGCUGUUAGUCAAAUAAAAAUGAUUUUGUUUCCACAUUGUAGUGAUGUAGCAGUGCUGUAACUGUGCCAGUUUUCUUUUUUUUCUUCUUUUUAGCAGAAGGUAGAUGUGGCGGGAGGAGGGGGAAACAGUUUUAUUAUCAAUGUUAGUGGUUUCUGUGAGCCUUUUUAAACCAUCUGCCAUGCUACAAAGACUACAUGUUACUGUGGACCAUCAAAGCAAGGCUGUACCUCCAGGGUACGCCGAAAACUGCACUGCCAAGGUCACUGCAUAGUGCCUCAUAACUGUUUAAUCGCAACUGAUUGUUCUAUAAAUACUACACACUGAGACAGUUUCUCAUUUUGGCUUUCGAAUGACUUUAGAAGAGCUGUCAUGUUCUCCACCUGGACAUGUGGUGGAUUAACAAUUGUAAUAGUGAUUUAACAAAUAUUAAAAUUAUUUUCUUUACUGGUUCAACUUCA